AUGGCUCUGGUGCUUUGUCCAAUGAGUUGCAUUCUGUCACCGCCACAUAGCUCGCCGCCCACAACCAGCUUACGCGAAUGGAACCGAGCCAUUAAGCACCAGGUUCUAGAGGGAAAACUGGCGGGGGCAAUCCUAUUGUAUACAAAGAUGCAGGAGACUGUUUUGUCGGGCGACAAUUUUACGUUCCCUCUGCUGCUUAAAGCAGCUGGAAACCUUGGUUCUCCCCAAUUGGGCUUGGCGCUCCAUGGCCAAACAGUAAAGACAGGCUUCUCGAUACAUGUUUUUGUCCAAACUGCUCUUCUCAAUAUGUAUUCUAACCUUGGCUAUGUGGAGAGUUCGAGGACAGUGUUUGAUAAUAUACAGUGGAAGGACAUCGUUGCUUGGAAUUCCAUGCUUCGGCGUUAUGCUUCCUGUGGUCAGAUGGACAAUGCUGAGGAAUUAUAUCAUUUGAUGCCCUGCAGAGACCAGUUGUCCUUCAAUAUCAUGAUCUCUGGCUAUGCGAGUAUGGGAAAUGUCGAAUGUACAAGGCGUAUGUUUGAUGCAGUUCCUACUAAAGAUGUUGUCUCUUGGAACUCGGUGAUCUUAGCAUGUACCAAGGCCGGUGACAUGGAGUUGGCUCGCAAGUUGUUUGAUGAAAUGCAGGAAAGAAGUGUUGUUUCAUGGAACACAAUGAUAAGCGGUUACCUGCAGUCUCAACGUUAUGCUGAUGCUGUUGAUAUGUUUAACAGUAUGAAGACUGGUAAUAUUGUUCCUAAUCAUCUAACUUUGAAGAUUGUGCUAUCUGCUUGUGCUCAUUUGGGAUCACUGGAGACAGGUUUAAAGAUACACGCCCAUGCCAUGAUUCUAGAACCAGAUGCCCAUGUGGUGACCGCUCUGAUAGACAUGUAUUCCAAGUGUGGGAGCAUAGAGAGAGCCUUAGAAGUGUUCUACAAGUCUGAAAUGAGGGAGUGGGACAUAUACUGUUGGAAUGCCAUGAUCUCUGGACUUGCACUUCAUGGUUAUGGCCAAGCUGCUCUAAGACUAUUCGAUGAUAUGAAAGACAGACACAUAAGGCCUGAUGAUAUCACCUUUGUUGCCCUUCUAAGUGCGUGUAGUCAUGCAGGUUUGGUUGAGGAGGGCUACCAGAUAUUUGAGUCCAUGGAGGACUUUGGGGUCCUGCCCAAGAUGGAACAUUAUGCGUGUAUGGUUGAUCUUCUGGGUCGAGCUGGUCUCCUUGACCUUGCAUACAGUUUCAUGAAAGUCAUGCCGUUUGAACCUGGUGCAACUGUGUUAGGCGCUUUGCUUAGCUCUUGUCUGGUUCAUGGGGAUGCUGAAUUGGCAGAAACUGUAUCAAAGCAUAUCAUCGAUAAGGUCGGUUGUCUGAGCGAUGGAGAGUACAUGAUGCUCUCUAACAUGUUUGCAUUGCAUGGUAGAUGGAAAGAAGCAGAUGAUUGGAGAAGAAUGAUGAAAGAAGCAGGGAUUAGUAAAGUUGCUGGUUGUAGUACUAUAGAGGUCAAUGGUAGAAUGUACAGAUUUCUGGCCGGAGACAGAGAAGGUGGUUAA